ACAUUGUAAUUUAUCUAGUUUAUCAAGGGCUAUUACCUCAAGGUUUCACGAUAUAAACUAUUCAAAAUGAUAUCCGUUGGACUGUUAGCUCUUGACAUCAAAAGCACAGUGGAGUAUUAUCCGCGGGAAGACACAGGACAGAGAGUUAUUGAUCAAAGGUGGCAUAGGGGAGGAAAUGCCUCCAACACAUCCACUGUUCUUUCUCUACUUGGACAUAAAUCUGCAUUCGUGGGAACAGUGGCAAGGAGCCAUGAACUUAGUUUUCUUGAGAAGGACUUCAAGAAGUAUGAUAUUAACAUUGAUCGGGCUAUAGUGAAAGCUGACUGCUCUGCACCAACCUCUAUAUGCAUCAUCAACCAACAGAAUGGAUCAAGAACAAUUCUGCAUCACAACAAGGACUUACCAGAGCUUAGCUGUGAAGAAUUUAAACAGUUUCCAUUGGAUUCAGGGAUAAAAUGGAUUCAUUUUGAGGGACGUCCAAACACUGAUCAGAUUGUUGGAAUGCUUCAACAUGUAGAAACAUACAAUAAAUCCCUUGGAGUAAAUCAACCCAGAAUAGUCACCUCUGUGGAGUUUGAAAAGAAGAGAGAAUUUUCUCCCAUAGAAACCUUCCCAGAUUACCUUUUCAUCAGUAAGGAACAUGCCCAAUUUCAUGGCCUUAAAAGCAAGGAGCAAGCAGUGGAGUUCUUUGUCAGUAAAAUCAAGCCAAGUGCUAGUGUCAUAUGUGCCUGGAGUGAGGAUGGUGCAAUUGCCAUCACUAAAGACAGCUCACCUGUAACAAGUGCAAUAUUUCCACCACCUAAAGUCAUUGAUACUCUUGGAGCUGGAGAUACUUUCAAUGCAGCAACUAUAUCAGCUCUCAGUAAGGGACACUCGUUGAAGGAUUCUAUAACUUAUGGAUGUAAAAUUGCAGGAGCAAAAUGUGGUAUUGAAGGAUUUGAUAAACUGAGUGAUGUAGUGUCCUUCAAUGUAGACACUUCUUAGUUUGGAUUUUCCUCAUGAAUUACAUGCUAUCAUGGUACUGGGAUCUUGGUCUUUUGCUACCCAAAAUAGCCUGCUGCUUACGGUUUUGAGUAAAUAAAAUCGACGAUAUAUUCUUUUAAGGUAAAGCUAAUCAUUGAUCUAGCCUUUACCAAUCAGAACACUAGGGACAGGGUCGUGACAGCUAUUUUUCGGGUCAUUUAGGACUUAUCAGGAAUCAGGAUCAAAAAUGUAUAUCUCUUCUAUUUUUUUUAUUCAUAGCCUAAUGUACUAGGCCCAAAUACCGAGUGUAAAGAUUGACUAGGCUUGUUUAUUCUCUUAUUCAAGAAAAGUAUAUAUGAAUAUACAUGUGCUGUAGGUUGCAGGUUAUUAAGGGGCAAAUCCCAAAUGAGAGCCAAGAUUAAGUACCAGGCCCAAGGAGAAUAAAAAAGCCCUAUAAGCCUUAAGGGACGUGGGGACAAAGUAGCAUCAGUUAUGAUAUUAAAAUGUGCAAUUUUAGAAUAAAACAUGCAAACCAAAUGUGAACCUAUGGAAUGGAACUGAAUGUUUUGUUUUGUUUUUACACGGGCUUUUCUUGAAAGCUCAUAGUUUUUAGAAAG